UUUUCUUUUUUUCAACCCAUUUCUUUUGUAAAUACCGUUUACAACAUUAAUACAUGGCUUUUUGUGUCAUCGACUCAAGAUGUGCAUCAAGAGAUCUUUUUCCGGUUUACCUUCUCUAACCGGUUUGUCCUCUCCCAUUCUCUCUCCUCUCCGUCAUCCAGAUGAACUCAUUUGUUUUCGGUUUUCUUUGUGCAUCCCUGCACGUCACGUAUCAAAAUCCAACCAGGCAGUGGAGCAUGACGCCCCACGUUCUGCUCGUAGGCGUCGACGGCUCGUCGGGCCGCCAGUCCCUGAGCUGCUUGGAGCGCCCGCGGGAUGGGGAGAUCUUUUGGAGGAAGAACGGAGAGGAGGAGGCCCAGAGGGGAAACGCGUAUGUCGUCGAGCUAAAGGAAAUGUGGGGGGGGGGGAACUACACCUGCCACGGCGAGGAUGGGUCGCUGCUCAACCACACGGAGGUCCUGAUCCAAGACCACCGAGCGACCAGGAGGAUCCUUGUGAAGCCUGAACACGGAGAUCAUUUGCAUUGUGCUGCUCAAAAUCACAACGGCGAGUUCCGCUGCUCCUGGACGUGGCACAGCCUUCGCGUUGGCAAAGUAGCUUUCAUCAAAGCUCGCCGUGCUUCCUACGACAGUGACGCCGAGUGCUCUGUGGAUGCAGGCGGUCAGCGUUGGACCUGCUCUUCGGGCCAGAGUGACUUUGGCUGCUCAGUGGACGACGGCGGAGGCGGGAUCUCGUGCCGGGACCAGCAGCACUGCCCCUACGGCGAGGAGGGACGGAAGAUCCACCUCACCGUCUACGUGAGGACGGAGGACUUCCUGGUGGAGAGCUACUCCAAAAACUUUUACCUCUCCCGCAUAGUGAAACCUGACAAGGUGACGGCCAGAAAGGUCAACACCACGCUGAUAGAGUGGAGUUACCCGAGCUCCUGGAGCGGUCCUUCCUCCUACUUCCCGCUCACUUUCCAGGUCACGCAGUUUGAGGGGCGACGCGAAAGAUGCCCCGACCGGCCCGCUGACCGCAAAGCCUCCGAGGCCUCGACAGUCCACUCGGCGUGCCAGCUCGCGGUCAAGCGCAAGGUCAAGGCCGUCUGCAUCCGGGCCAAAGACGCCCUGCGUGACUCGCCGUGGAGCGACUGGAGCCCUUUGAGGUCAGUGGCCUCCCCCGUUGGUGGGAAGCAGCGUCAUCCGGGUUUCUGACCGUUU